UACGAUUAAAGAUUAUUGGUUUACAGAGUGCAAUCAUCCACGAUGAAUAUGCUAACACACUUUGGUCCUGACUCGGGUGGCCGAGUAAAGGGUCUAACCAUAGUAAAACCAGUGGUUUACGGUAAUGUGGCACGUUCGUUUGGUAAAAAGCGAGAGGAAGAUGGCCACACGCAUCAGUGGACGGUGUACGUGAAACCGUACAAAAACGAGGACAUGCAAUCGUAUGUGAAAAAGAUACACUUUAAGCUGCACGAAAGCUACGCGAACCCGAACCGCAUCAUCACGAAACCACCGUACGAAGUGACCGAAACUGGGUGGGGCGAGUUUGAGAUAGUGAUAAAAAUUCAUUUUCACGAUCCAACCGAACGGCCCGUCACGAUGUACCACAUCCUGAAGCUGUUCCAGUCGCCCAUCCUGGACGGUGAGGUAUCGUCACAGAUCGAGGGCAAGAAGGGGCUGGUGUCGGAGCAGUACGAAGAGCUGGUGUUCCAGGAGCCGACACAGCUAAUGCAGCAACAGCUGACGAACGUGAAGCCUGUAACGAGUGGCAUUUGGAAGCAUGAUACGGAUUUUGAGGAGAAAAAGCUACAGGCGUUGGAGAAUAUCAUCGAAACCAAGGCGAAGGUAAUAUCGGAAAUCGCGCUACUGAAGGACAAAUUGAAACUUGCUCGAGAAACGAUAGCAAAGUUUAAAACCGAAAUGACCAAGGUGCAAGGACAGCAAGCUGCCGCAUAG